UGCCCCAAAAGCAGAGGCGAACAUGGCAGGCACUUUCUCCGCCUUUCCCUUCGGCUGGGCGGUGGAUUCCGGCGCGUUGGUACCCUCCCAAGGCCGCAGACAAGACUGGGGACUGACUAGCAGUGGAGUGGGGCUCAACUAUAGCACACCAUUGCCCUUCCCACCGCCCUAUGCACGAUCUACGAUCCAGGAACCCUUGCCACCUGCCUCCCAGAAAGCGUGGCGGGAUGAAGUCAUUCCCCGGCUGGGAACCACUACACAACUUGCCCAUGGCGUGAAAACUCAUGGGGGAGUGCUAGCUCAACCCCGCUACUCUGCCUCUGCCGCACAUCAGGACGUCCACUACAAUACAGAUUUGAGAGAGAAGAUGAAGCUUAGAGCAUGGAGGUUCCCCCUGACUAUGGGCAACCAGAAGAGUGAGAUCCAAGCACAUUUUCGUGGCUGGCCCAAUCUGCCACAGGAGCCCGCCUUUCAUGCUGGGCCUCAGCCCUUCAGGUUGGCGGCUCAUCACACAGACGGAGCAUCCAAGUCAGUGGUGGCCACCACACGGAACAAUGACCUCGCUGGAAGACCUUUCUACAUCCGUGACAAGGCAGUUCUGCAGCUCAAUGAACCCUACUUAACUACCACUGCCCAGGACUUCCGGUCCUUCACACAGAAAGAACUCCAAGGGUAUACUCAGAAGGAAAGUCUCAAUUUGGAUCCUUACCCUCUGAUCCGUGUACCUGGUCCUAUGCGGGAUAUCCGGAUACUUGCAAAGGCUACCCGGGUGCCCCACCUGAUCCUGAACCCAGCCGUACCUCACCGUGGUUUAUGCAGCCUGGCCCAAGAAUCCUACCAGCUUCCCCAUGACUACAAGCGAACCUGGGAUCGCUUCUGCCCUGUGCAGCAGCCCCCCACUGUUUCCUGCCGGGUGCCGGUGGUGGAAAUCUUGUGCGUGCCACGCAUGUAUGAGACAGAGUAUAAGUGCUAUGGAAGUGGCAAGCCUUCACCAAUGUGAGAUGGGCAGGGAUUCACACUCACUUUUCCCUGUCUUCUACUCCAGCCAAAAAAGAGGAAAAAGAAAUACUUCACCCUGUUUACCUUUGUGAUCAUUUCGUUGAAAAAACUACAACAAAAGCUUUAGAUGCAUUCAGGAAACUGAAUGUUCUGAGUCACACUGUCUUGGCAUUUUAGCUUCAGGAAGCUAUGACCAAAAUAGGCAUAAAAGUUGCACUGCUUGCACACUCACCUGGAGAAUAUUAGGCCCAUAGAACUGAGCAAACCUGUACAGGAUUAACCUGCAAGAAUAGAUUCAGGUAGUGCAUUAUAUAAAAGAAAGAUAAUUGAAAAAAGGGUCCCCAAAGGGGACUUCAGGGGUGAAAUAAAUUAAUCUGUCCUUCUUGUCUUCUUAUAAAGUACUUUAAUCUCACUCCAUACGUAACAACACUAGAUGUACAAUGAACUGAAUACAAAAAGUCAUACAUGAAUAGCAAAAGAAGGGACUAGCGCUUGCUAGGCCUGGCUAAUUUUUAAGGAUGGAUAGCCACAGCCAUAGCUCCAGUUACCACAAAACAAGGCCCGCCAUUUUGGCUCCUUGCUGCAUGGUUCACUGGUGCCUCAAGCAUAGAUAGGUCCUCGCAGAGUCGGCAACCAGGUUUGCUACAUCAUGCCCGCUUCAGGCUCCAUCUUUUAUAGCCUGAACCAUGUCAUGUUUGCUUAUUUUGGUUUAGCAUGUUAUGUGAAAUCCCCCAACUUUUGGUUUAUUUAAACCACGCUUAAGCAAACAAAUAGUGCAGUUGUUUGAACCCAACCUGAAUGUGAAAGAUAGGCAAAUAUUAUGUUCACAUUAAUAAUCCAUCCCUCCUGGUUUAUAUGAGAUUUUCCUAUGUUGUCCUCAGUAUCACCUGGGAAGUUGGUUAGGCAGAGAGACGGUGACUUGGGCUGCUUGGGUAACAGUGGUACAUCUGAAGAAACAGGCGUAGGAUUGUAUUGUUCUCCUAGGCAGAUCUCCUAGGUUUAAAUACAACAUCCCAAACCAGUGCUACGUAGGGUUCUCAGCAGGAGUGGGGAACCAAUACUGUAGCUCUUUAGAUGAUGUUUACCCUCAGCCCCAUGGUCAAAUGGGAGGAGUGAUAGGUCCCAAUAACAUCUGGAAGGCCAUACAAGUUCCCCAGUCUGGGAUUAGAGUUUUGGAUUGAGAAUGAGCAGUUGCAGAUUCAGUUAUGUUGCUAAACCCUGACAGUCACAAGGGGACUAUCCUCCUCCAGGAGAUACACUUUAUAGGAUUGUGGUGUGGAUCAAGUGUGAGAAACAGAAGCAGUACUUAUGCUGUGAACUUCUGGAGGAGAUGGGAUAUUAAUGUAAUUACAUAAAUAAACAAGCUGCUCCAUCUUGUCUCUUGACUGUGUACUUUUGAAAAUUAUUCCAGUAGUGACAAGUGAUGAGUCAGAAGUUCUAUUAAAAAAUAUCCAUAGUGAGCUGUCCCAGUGCUUGUAUAGCUGCAUUCUAACCAUUUUCUGGCACAAAGUGGCAUAUUGGCUGUAUGUGCUUUGGAAACACCUUUGAAAAGAUUAAGUAAUGUUACAGGCCUCAAGUGCAAUUUUUAAAAAUAGCUUAACAAAGUCAGCCAAUUCACUGUUGCAUCCCAAGCAUACAGUUGUGAAUGCAACUGUUUAUCUCAAUAAACCCAAAGUUGGUGUAUUAAAGGGGUGGCUAGUGAAUAGCAUAAAACAUAAAGCUUGCCCAGUGAAAAAUAAAC